AUGAUUUCUGAAAUAAAGAGUAAAAACUAGAUAUUUUAUCCUAAUGGUGAUGAAUAUACUGGGUAUAUAAGGCAUAAUGAAAAAAAUGGCAAGGGUGAAAUGAAAUAUCAAAAUGGAGAAAUAUAUGAUGGAGAUUGGGUCAAUGAUUAAAGAACAGGAAAGGGUAAAUACACAUGGCCUGAUGGAGAUAUGUACUAUGGAGAUUGGGUCAAUGAUGUAAGAACGGGAAAAGGUGAAUAUACUUGGAUUAAUGGGAAAAAGUAUAAUGGAGACUAUGAAUCUAAUCAAAAACAUGGAGUUGGAGAGCAAACAUGGCCUAAUGGAAAAAACUACUAUGGAAAUUGGGAAAAAGGUAAAAAGUCAGGAAAAGGUCGAUUUGAAGAUGAAAACGGUUAAUAUUAUGGGGAAUUUUUUAAUGGUUUGAAACAAGGAGAAGGCGUCCAAAAAUGGAAAAAUGGAGAUGAAUAUGAUGGAUAGUGGGUGAAUGAUCAGAGAACUGGAAAAGGAAAAUUUAAAGGGUCAGAUGGUGAAUAUGAAGGUUUUUUAUUAAACGGUGUAAAACAUGGAAAAGGAAAAUUCAAAGGGGUAGAUGGUGAAUAUGAAGGGGAUUUCUUAAAUGAUCUAAAACAUGGAUAAGGAAAAUUCAAAGAGGCAUAAGGUGAAUAUGAAGGAGAUUUCUUCGAAGGAGUUAAACACGGAAAAGGAAAACUUACAUGGGCUAAUGGAGAUGUAUAUGAGGGUGAGUGGAACUUAAAUAAGAGAGCUGGAAAAGGCCAAUUUAAAGAGGCUGAUAGUGAAUAUGAAGGGGAUUUCUUAAAUGAUUUAAAACAUGGAAAAGGCAUUUAAAAAUGGAAAAAUGGAGAUGAAUAUGAAGGUGAUUUCUUUAAUGGUUUGAAACAUGGAGAAGGUGUUCAAAAAUGGAAGAAUGGAGAUAAAUAUGAUGGAUAAUGGGUGAAUGAUAGGAUGAGUGGAGAAGGAAAAUUUAAAGAGGCAGAUGGUGAAUAUGAAGGUUAUUUAUUAAAUGGUGUAAAACAUGGAAAAGGAAGAUUUAAAUGGACUAAUGGAGAUGUGUAUGAGGGAGAAUGGUAGUUGGAUAAGAGAACUGGAAAAGGUAAAUUUAUAUGGGCUUAUGGUGAAUAUGAAGGAGAUUUCUUAGAAGGUGUAAAACACGGAAAAGGUCAAUAUAAAGGGGUAGAUGGUGAAUAUGUAGGUGAUUUCUUUAAUGGAUUAAAACAUGGAAAUGGGAAGUUUUUAUGGAUGAACUAAGAUGUGUACGAGGGAGAAUGGAAAUUGGAGAAGAGAACUGGAAAAGGCAAAUUUAAAGAAUUAUAUGGUGAAUAUGAAGGGGAUUUCUUAGAAGGUGUAAAACAUGGAAAAGGUAGAUGUAUAGGGGUAGGUUAUGAAUACGAAGGGGAUUUCGUAAAUGGUUUAAAACAUGGAAAAGGCAUUUAUAAAUGGAAAAAUGGAGAUGAAUAUGAAUAUGAAGGUGGUUUCUUCAAUGAUUUGAAACAUGGAGAAGGUGUUCAAAAAUGGAAGAAUGGAGAUAAAUAUGAUGGAUAAUGGGUGAAUAAUAAGAUGAGUGGAGAAGGAAAAUUAAAAGGGGCAGAUGGUGAAUAUGAAGGUUAUUUAUUAAACGGUGUAAAACAUGGAAAGGAAAAUUCAAAGGGGUAGAUGGUGAAUAUGAAGGGGAUUUCUUAAAUGAUCUAAAACAUGGAUAAGGAAAAUUCAAAGAGGCAUAAGGUGAAUAUGAAGGAGAUUUCUUCGAAGGAGUUAAACACGGAAAAGGAAAACUUACAUGGGCUAAUGGAGAUGUAUAUGAGGGUGAGUGGAACUUAAAUAAGAGAGCUGGAAAAGGCCAAUUUAAAGAGGCUAAUGAUGAAUAUGAAGGGGAUUUCGUAAAUGGUUUAAGACAUGGUAAAGGCAUUUAAAAAUGGAAAAAUGGAGAUGAAUAUUAUGAAGGAGAUUAUGUAGAAGACAAAAAACACGGAAAGGGAAAGUAUAAAUGGGCAAGCCAGGAUGAAUAUAUUGGAGAAUGGUAAAAUGAAUAACGAACUGGAUUUGGCCGCUUAAAAUGGUCUGAUGGGGCUCUAUACAUUGGAAAUUAUCUUAACGGUUUAAAACAUGGAAAAGGUAUAUUUACAUGGGCUAAUGGAAGUGUAUAUGAUGGAGAUUGGAUCAAUGAUAAGAGACAUGGAAAAGGUAAAAUAAAAUACGUUAAUGGGGAUUAAUUUGAAGGAGAUUGGUUUGAAGAUAAGAAAACUAAAGGAAAAUAAACAUUUAUUAAUGGUUCAUAGUAUGUUGGUGAUUUUUUAAAUGAUGCAAAACAUGGAAUGGGCUUAUUGAUAUGGGCUAAUGGAGACUAAUACUUUGGAGGUUGGAAAGAUGAUUAAAAACAUGGAAAUGGGACAUUUAAGGGGGCAAAUGGUGAAUCAUAUAGUGGAAGUUGGGCUAAUAAUUAAAAGGCAACUAUUUCAUAAUCAAAAAGUAAAGGAAAUCUAUUUUCAAGAACCGAUUAUUAGAGGUAUUUAUGA